UUUAUUUCGCAAGCGAACUCCGCUUCAUGCGGUGUUUCUCACUUGCCGACGGUAAGACUUGAGAAAAAAAAAAAAAAAAAAAAGAUACGUUUGUGUGUUUUUGAGCUACAAAGUCUUUUGCGCUUGCGACCGAUUUUGAAAAAAAAUCUCUAUUUACGGUUAAAGUCAUGCUGCUGGACGCCGGUCACCAGUUCCCUGCUCUGGGGGUUGGCACGUUCUCCAGGCACCAUCACUCAGCAGGCGACAUGCAGGACAGGGACUUGGGUUUAGCACAGAACACCUUUGUAGAUUCGGCACACAUGGGUGCCUUUAAACUGAACCACGACCUCUCUCCGGGACAGGGCUCUGCCUUCACCUCUCAGGCCCCGGGUUACGCGGCCGCGGCGCUGGGGUCGCACGCCCACGUCGCGUCCUACACCAGCUCACCCUUUAACUCCACACGAGACUUUCUGUUCCGCAGCCGAGGCUUCGGAGAUUCCUCUUCUGCGAGUAGCCAGCAUAUUUUCGGACCCGCAGCGGGGUCCCUUCAUCAUCCUCACACAGACAGCCAAGGCCAUAUAUUGUUCCCGGGGAUCCACGACCAGCAUGGGACACACACCUCCCCAGCUGUGCUCAAUGGACAAAUGCGGCUUGGACUACCGGGGGAUGUUUUCGGGCGAUCUGACCAGUACCACCAGGUGUCCAGUCCCAGGACCGACCCUUACUCUGCAGCGCAGCUGCACGGCCAGUUUGGGUCCAUGAACAUGGGCAUGAACAUGGCUGCAGCCCAUCACCAUCCCUCGGGUGCCUUCCUGCGGUACAUGCGGCAGCAGUGCAUCAAGCAAGAGCUCAUCUGCAAGUGGAUCGACCCGGAGCAGCUGAGCAGCCCCAAAAAGAGCUGCAACAAAACUUUCAGCACCAUGCACGAGCUGGUGACCCACGUCUCGGUGGAGCACGUCGGCGGACCCGAGCAGAGCAACCACGUGUGCUUCUGGGAAGACUGUGCGCGCGAGAGCAAACCGUUCAAGGCGAAGUAUAAGCUGGUGAACCACAUUCGGGUGCACACCGGGGAGAAGCCCUUCCCCUGCCCCUUCCCGGGAUGUGGCAAGGUUUUCGCGCGCUCGGAAAACCUCAAGAUCCAUAAGCGAACGCAUACAGGAGAGAAGCCCUUCCAGUGCGAGUUCGAGGGCUGCGACCGCCGCUUCGCCAACAGCAGCGACCGCAAGAAGCACAUGCACGUGCACACGUCGGACAAGCCGUACCUCUGCAAGAUGUGCGACAAGUCUUACACACACCCCAGCUCUCUGAGGAAACACAUGAAGGUUCACGAAGCUUCUUCAGCGUCCGAGUCCUCUCCUGCAGCUAGUUCUGGUUACGAGUCCUCCACUCCCCCUGGGCUGGUUUCUCCUUCCACCGAGACCCAAAGCACCCACAACCUGUCGCCCUCUUCCACGGCUCACAAUAACAACGGACAAGGCAGCCUGUCCUCCAAUUUCAGUGAAUGGUACGUUUAGGCCGCACAAGUGUCUAGAGAAAGACAGAGAAACUUUGUUCUCGGUUGAAUAUAAUGUAAACAUCACUGUAUAUUAUUAUGAGGCUGUAUGAAGGAAGUGGCACCCAUACUGAUGUCGCCAUGCGACAACAAGACCCUCAGAAGACUUUUUAUUCAAUGUUCACUAUGUUGUAUAUAAGCACACAUUAUUUCUUGCUCUCUGUUCCAUCACUGCCAGGUCUUCUUGAUGUUCGUUGUCUAGUUGUUCCUCUGAAGGUAGCUAUAACCCCCUGGGCAGUGAAGUGCACACACUCCACCUUCUCUACCCCCAGUAACAAGGAGGACUGGACUGUUCCUGUACACAUAUAAACUGGACACAGUGCCAAAGUUGACAAUUAACUCUAAAUGUGAAUGUACAUCUGGUUUGCUGGGUUCAACUUGUGAUGUUCUUCUGUGUUUGGAAAAUUUGAAUUGUGAAAUACUCUGGAAGAUCUGGGAAGAGUGAAGCGCUGUAUUGUAACGUGUCGUUACAUUUUCCUUUUGUAAAUAUCAGCUGCCAUAUUUAUCGAUUUGUAAUUAAAUUAUGGUAUUUACUUGCUACAGAGCAGACGAUAUUUAUAAAGAAUGUCUCUUUACUAUUGAUAUGUACAAUUAUGAUGAAAACAGACAA